UAAAUACAAAUGUUCUUCAUGACACUCAAAUCACUCCAAAAAUGGUUAACAAAUUAAGAGUCACACAUGAGUCUGGAGCUAUAGUUGGUUCCAACGAUGAUCUUUUAACCGAAAUCCUUCGCAGGCUCCCCUUUACCUCCGUCUUUCGGUUCAAAUCCGUAUCCAAACACUGGCAUUCGUUGUUGAGUCACCGAAGCUUCACCCUCUUGUAUGACAAUGUUCCGGUUUCCCCUGGUCUUUUUCUUCAUGAUUUGUAUAUUCCAUUUGAUCUUAAAAAUCCAUCCCCUCCUCCUUUUCGUACUCGUGAUUUCUACCCUAAUCGUGAUUUCGGAAUCAUGCAAUCUUGUAACGGGUUACUGCUUUGUUGUAGCAGACGAAAAUACUACGUGGUUAACCCCACUACCAAGAAAUUUGCGAUCAUCCCAUCGGUCAUUGGUGGUUCAGAUGCUCGUAGAACAAUCGGUUUUGAAGGUUUUAUGGGCCUGGCAUAUCAUCGAGCAGACUUGCAUUACAAAGUUGUUUGUCUUCGUGAUGUAAGUCGUUAUGGGAGGCUGUUUCAGAUCCAAAUCUACUCGUCUAAUACCGGGAAAUGGAGAAUUUCAAAACAAUCUAUUCGUGCGUCUGAUUAUCCUGGUGAUUCUACGUUAUUCUGUUUUGUAGUUUAUUGGAAUGGAGCAAUGCACUGGAUUCCCGGAGUUGAUCUAGUAUACUUUAAGCUCGAUCAAGAAAAGUUGAAAAUGAUGUCGUUGCCAGAGAGGGAUCUCUCUUCGCCUCGCGAUGAGGCUCCACUUUACUUUGGGGAAUCUGGAGGCCAUCUGCAUUUGGUGGAAUCUAUUAGUCGCAAACAUCGUUCACGCCUGAAUGUGUAUGAAAUGUUGAGUGAUUAUUCAGGGUGGGUUAUCAAAUACCAAGUGGAGCUUGAUGAGCUUCGGCCCCUCUAUAAUAAUAGCCGAGGGGUGGGAAAUUAUCGUCUGUUUGAAGUCUUUGAUGUGGUUAGGGGUGAAGAUGAAGAAGAAUCUGCAUUCAUGGUAGUGAAAAUUCAAGAUAAGAUCAUAAGGUACAACUUUGUUAACAAGAGUUAUGAACACAUAUUUGAUUUGCCCAGCCAUCUCUGCAACCAAGGGAUCGGUUACAAUAAUGUCCAUCGUUAUAUCCCAAUGUUAUCUUCUUUCUAACAUUAAAAUUUGUCGGACGUUAUUCACAUGAGAAACGGGUUGGUGUACUGUUUGGCGACCGAAUUGGGCCUGGUGUGUUGGGUCUGUUUAUUAUAUGAAAGGAUGUUUAGUCUUGUAUUUAGUUAAGUUGGUUAAGUUUGUAUUUGAAGUUUUAUUUAAGGAGUCUUAUAAUAAUACAAAACAGUCGCUGAGAGUUUCCACGAAACCG